AUGCCUGAUACGAGGAGAUCUCUUCUGGCACUACCCAGCAAAGUCACAGAUGCAGCUGGGAACCCAAGCCUCGUGCAGCAGCGGUGGGGUGAGUGUGCCUCCACUGCACACCCUCCCUGGGCAGGCAAAGUGCUGUCCUGCUCCAUUCCAGGCUCGUCAAAGGGCUUCUACAAGGCUUGCCGCAAUCAACUGAGAAGUGGAGCCAAAGAACUUGCUCCGAGCUUUGCCAAGAUGUUUGCAGCAUGGAUCACUACUCUUUUUCUUCUUCAAGCAGCCAGAGGAAGGGAUGUUUGCUACAAAAGGCUUGGAUGCUUUACAGACAGCCCACCUUGGUCUGGGAUUCCAGGGAGACAGCUGGCAGGCUUGCCCAGCUCUCCAGAAGAUGUGAACACCAAAUUCCUUCUUUACACUAGAGACAAUAUCAUAAAAUACCAAAAAAUUUCUGCUACAGAUCCAUUGACUAUCAAAGCUUCAAAUUUUCGACCACACAGGAAAACUCGCUUCCUUAUACAUGGCCAUCUUGUUGGAGCGGACCUCCUCUGGAUAACAAAUAUAUGCAGGCUCAUGUUUCGCACUGAGGACGUGAACUGUAUUUUGAUUGACUGGAGAGGUGGCUCUAGUGGUUUGUACACUGACGCCGUUAACAACGUCCGCAUUGUGGGGGCUGAGCUGGUGUAUCUGGUGAACCUUCUUGAGAAAGACUAUGGCUACUCUCCUGCCAACAUUCACUUCAUCGGCCACAGCCUUGGAGCACACGCCGCAGGGGAGGCAGGGAGGAGGAAACCUGGCAUUGGAAGAAUAACAGGUUUGGAUCCAGCUGGGCCCCUUUUUCAGUAUACUCCCACCAUGGUUAGGCUGGAUCCUUCAGAUGCAAAAUUUGUUGAUAUAAUUCAUACUCAUGCUGGUCAUCUGUUCUUUGACUUUGGGAUUCUUCAGACAUGCGGCCACCUGGAUUUUUACCCAAACGGUGGGAAGAAGAUGCCAGGGUGCAAUCAACUUCGGGUACCUCCUGCAACUCGGAAUAUCAAUGACCUUAUGAGAGGAUACAGAGCUUUUGGAUGUGGACAUAAAAGAAGUCUCCGGUAUUACGCUGAGAGUAUUAUCACUCCCGAUGGAUUUGUUGGGUAUCUGUGUGAAACAUACCAAGAUUUUGUAUUGGGAGACUGCUUCCCAUGUCCGAAGGAAGGAUGUCCACUAAUGGGUCACUAUGCUGAUAAGUUUUUACAUAAAACUGAAAAAGAAGAGCAAAGGGUUUAUUUAAACACAGGACCCUCCACUCCAUAUGCUCGCUGGCGAAAAGAGAUACGUGUCAGAGUAUCUGCAACAGAAACCAUGAAGGGAAAUAUAGAUAUAGCCUUGACUGGAACUAAUGGGAUCAGCAAAAAAUAUACAAUUGACAAGGGCACUUUCAAACCAGGCAACACGUACUUGAACUAUAUUGAUACAGAAAUUUCUGGGAACAUUUCAAAAGUUGAGUUUCUCUGGAAAAACCAUCUAAGUCAUGUAGAUGGCUGCAUGGGAGCUGAAGAAGUCAGAAUAAUAUCUGGUGAAAAUGGAAACGUAUCUAAAAACUUCCGGAAAGAACAUGCAUCAUCACCAACCCUCGCACAAACAGAGCACGCCUACGCUGCUGCUGUGCUGCAGGAAAACACAGCUCUCCUCCCAGCCACCGCAAGCUUGGAUGGGGCAAGUGUCUUGCAACACCGGAAGCGUAAGCAACAUGUGAAAAUACAGGCUGGCAUUGGGGUCGGUCCCCUUUUCAUCCCCUAA